GCGUGUGUGGUUUCAGAGUCAUGCAAUGCGCUACCCUUCUGUAUCUUACUUUGCAACCACUGGAGACAAGCAGCGUACAUACAGGGUAAAAAUAACUGAAGAAAAUUUAUGAGCCUGUUUUUUAAAUGACAUUUCCUGACAUAGCACAGCUUACGAUUUUUUAGGGUCUAAAUGGAGAAAUAGUUUUGUCAUGAUGCUGCCUGUGACAGCCGAACCCUGCCUGCGGACCCUCAGGGAACUUCGUGUCUCUCUUGUUGACAAGCUUGAGGGGCACAUAGAUUCUCUUGUAGAUCAACUGAUGACAAAAAAUGUCUUGACCAGAGAUGAUCGAGAGGAAAUACAGUAUGAAAAGGGGCCACGUGGAAAGGUCCGCAAAGUACUGGACAUACUGGAGUGCAAGGGGGAAGAGGACGCAAGAAUCUUCAUUUCUAUCACUAAAGACCUCAGAGAGCCCAACGUAAAAGCUGACAAUCAGGGUGUGAAACAGACAACAGAAUACCAAAAGCUCAUAGCAAAGCAUAAAUCCAUCCUGAAACGCAGGAGUGAGAGUAUGCUCUACUAUAACACACGGCAUGGAGAGAAAAUCCAUUUUUCUGAACACUAUGUCAACUUGCUGAUCGUCAAGGGCCAUCACAGUGUAGAGCUCAAAAGGCAUGAACUUCUAACUUUUGGACAGCAGCGUAUUUCUCUUCAGCAAAGAGCUACAGAGCAAAGACUGAUCAAACCGGCCCAGCUGUUCUCUAGUGAAGCAGGUACACACCCAGCCAAGAAGAUCUUAGUGACUGGAGUGGCAGGUAUAGGCAAGACUAUACUUGUUCAGAAGAUCCUUUAUGAUUUCAGCAAUGGCAGGGAGCACCAGUCUUUUGACUUCAUCAUCCACCUAACUUUCAGGGAUCUGAACCUCAUCAGCAAGCCGGUCAGCCUUCGAGAGCUGAUUCUCCGUAAGAAUGGACACCUUACAAAACAUCUAGACACCAUUAUUCAAAACGACACCAAACUCUUGAUCAUUCUGGACGGCUUUGAUGAAUUCAAACACUACAAGGGAUGUGACGUGGAUGUCUACUUGACCGAGCUUGAUGAGGAGGGUGAGGUGGUGGAGGUCUUGUCCAGCUUAAUGCUGGGCGAACUCCUCCCAGAGGCUUCUGUGUUAGUGACCAGCAGGCCCAUGGCUGUUAGCCACAUCCCUGUUGGAUUCAUUGAUCGCUUUGUUGUCAUCACUGGAUUCUCCACCAUCGAGAUCCGUGACUUCUUCCAACGUUUCUACCAAGAUAAGGUAGUGGCUUCUAAGAUGUUUGACAUUCUGGUGGCUAAUGAACUAAUGCUAACUCUCUGCUACAUUCCAGCCUUCUGCCACAUUGUAUGUAGCAUCCUGAAAGAGAAUAACUGUCUGUCCACAGCUAGCCCUAGGACAAUGACAGACAUUUAUGUGCAGUACCUGCUGGCACUAGUCAAAUCACACACGAAGAAUCGAGUUGAAUCUCUGAAGGAUAGCAGUGGCACAGAGCCUCAAGAACAUCUACAGAAAGUUCUGUUAAAGCUCGGCCGAAUAGCAAAUCAGAAACUAAUGAAUCAAGAAACUCUGUUUUAUGGGAACGAUGAUGAUAUAGCAAACUGCACCUUGGUAAGCACCUUCCUGGACAAGACAUCUGUUCAGGAGCCAGGCUGCACGGAGGACGUUUAUUCCUUUACACAUCUCACAAUUCAGGAGUUCUUUGCAGCACUUUUUUCCGCCAUGGAAGAUGUAUGUUUAUCAGAGACCUUAGCGUCUGACACUGAAUACAAUAUUGAAAGUUUGCCAGGGAACCUGGAUCUGUUUACCAGAUUCCUCUCUGGUCUCCUUUCAGAGAGGAACCAAGCACUGCUCUCCAGACAUAUUGGGUUUAGACCUCAGGAGGAUAAAAUGCAGUCCUUCAGGACACGGCUUAUAGCAGAUACUCGAGCCUUGUGCGAGAAUGGAGCUUACAUUCUCACACACUUGCACUGUCUUCUGGAGCAACAGGAUGUUCUACUAAUGCAGGAGCUUCAGCCACAGUGUCUGCGCAUUAACCUCAGUGACGUCACUCUCUCCACCAUGGACUACAAUGCUGUGAAACACUUUCUCAAUGAAAUCCAGCUCACUAUAUCAGAGAUGGAUCUGACUGGGACAAACAUCACCACCGAAGCCUUAAGAGAGCUACAGCCCUACUUCCUAAGAUGUGAGAAGCUAUGGCUGGGAGAAAACUGUCUGGACAAGGAAGCAAUUAAGGUAGUUGCUGAUGUAGUGGAAGCAUCUGACAUCUUAAAGGAGUUAGGUUUAGGAUGGACUGACAUUGGUGAUGAGGAACUUUCCCUGCUCACAAAUGCCAUCAAGGUCAAACAAACACUGAUGGAGCUAUGGUUGGAGGGGAACAGAAUCAGCCUUGCAGGCUUGUCAUCAUUAAGUGCCUUAACACCGUCUCCUCUGAAGAGAGUCGUUGUUAUCUGGAAUAAUGUAAAUGUUGAUGAAGGAGAACAGCUCAACAGCCUCUGUCCUGGACGGUGCUUCACUGUGUCCUUCACAGAUGACAGUAUGUGGGAGGACUGGGCUAAGUGGGUUCUUCAGAGAUGUGAGGUCAGCAGCAGUGAGAAGUUGGUGACAUUUCUGCACAAAGUGUGCGACAGAUCUGUCUGCACUCUAGAAGGCUCCUGGGCCAAGACCUUCUAUGUGGGCUUGACACGUCUGAUAAGGACACGAAUAGAGCAGUGCCUGGAAGAGGAUGUGCAGCGGAAACUGAAGAAGUUUGAGGCGAUUUUGACCUCAUAACAUAUUUUAGAAAUAAUGGUGACGUUAUCAAGCUAUUUUUAAUGCCAUCACUAAUGGGAGUGAUCUCAUUUAUAUGAUGUUUUAUAUAUUAAACCUUAAUGCAGAAUGGCUA